AUGUAAUCAUCAAUCUCACAAGAAGAUUUAAAGACCUAUCUGAUAGGUAUUGGACUUCCCGCUGAUAUAACAUUAUCAGUUUCAGUCGAGACAUUAUAUCUCCUCACAAAUAAGCAGCUCAUUUAUACCUUCUAUCAAAAUGCAGAUGCCCAUUUAAAAGAAUCCAAACCAAUUUCACUUGAAUUUGUUGAUAUCCUACAAAGGCUAUGUGUUCAAAAGAGAGGGGGGCUCUGCUAUGAACAUGAAUUAUUACUCUAUUAUGUUCUUAAACACAUAGGAUUCAAUGUGGAAUUGAUUCGAUGCUUCGUUUAAGAGGCUGGACCAUACAAUCCCGAUUAUCCAACUACUCAUGGCUUCAUGCAUGUUAAGAUACAAGAUGAAAUCUUUCUCAUAGAUAUAGGAUUCGGGGUUAGAUCCUUGAGAUAUCCUAUAAAAGUUGAUUUCUAAAAUCUUAAUAAUUCUCAUGAUUUAUUUCCCUUUGAACAUUUCAGAAUUACAGAGAAUGAAACCCUCUACUAACUACAACAUUUAAUUGAUGGAAAAUGGGUAACUUGCUAUCACUUUUUUAAACCAAUCAGAUUCUAAACCUUGGAGGAGAUUAAGCAUGACUAUUAUAACUUUCUGACAACCAAACAAUUUUUGGUCGGAAGGGAUAAUAGGUUUCAAAUCUGUAAGAAUACAGAAUCUGGGAAAAUUCAAUAUUUUUGGUUUCGACUUGAACAAAAAUUCACUGCUUUCAAGAAAAUCCACAAUUUUGAUAAAUCAACAAAAAUUGAAUUUGCUACUUAUGAAGAACUCAAAGAAGAUGUCAGAUAAGAAAUCGGAGUUAUCUUACCAGAUAGGAAUUUAAUCAGAUGA